GAAUGGACAAGAGAAGAAAUCCUUUGGUUUUUAGCUUUUGAGGCCUUCCAACAUACGUCAGGCUCUUUAAUUUACUACUAGUAUUUGUUUUCUGCUUACAACCCAAUACCUCUGUAAAUUGGGAUUUCAUCAUUUUCAUCUUCGGCAUUUGAUCAUGGCGGCAACUGCUCACAAUAAUCUCAAUGCAAAACUCGUGUUGUUGGGGGACAUGGGAGCUGGUAAAUCAAGCUUGGUUAUACGAUUCGUCAAGGGACAAUUCCUUGAAUUCCAAGAAUCGACGAUCGGAGCGGCUUUCUUUUCCUCUACUGUUUCGGUUAACAAUUCUACGGUGAAGUUUGAGAUCUGGGAUACUGCUGGUCAGGAGAGGUACCAUAGCUUAGCGCCUAUGUAUUACAGGGGUGCUGCAGCAGCUAUUAUCGUCUAUGACAUCACCAGCACUGAUUCAUUUGCACGGGCAAAGAAAUGGGUGCAAGAAUUGCAGAAGCAAGGUAAUCCGAUUAUGGUAAUGGCUCUUGCUGGCAAUAAGGCUGAUCUAGAAGAUAAGAGGAAGGUGACUGCAGAAGAAGCACACUUGUACGCUGAGGAAAAUGGCCUAUUUUUCAUGGAAACCUCUGCCAAAACUGCUGUUAAUGUCAACGAUAUAUUUUACGAAAUCGCUAAACGAUUGCCUAGAGCUCAGCCUGCUCAAAAUCAGGCAGGAAUGGUACUUGUUGACAGAAGAGCAGAAGGAUCGCGAACUUCAUCAUGCUGCAGUUAAGUAUUAUCAUCUCGAUCGCUCCAUUGAUUUCGUGAACUGGAAACAUUUCUUUGCUCUUCAUGUUGUGCUGUUACGGGAAAUGUGGAGCAUGUUUAUUGGGAGAUAUACAGUAGAAUAUGUAUGUAAACUUUGAAUUUAAAAGCGCCAUAUCUGAGAUGAUUCUCCUUUGUUCAUUUAAUCUGUAUAUAGUUUGAAUUUACACCCAAACCAAUUUAUCUUGAUAACUGGACGCUGUUACUCCCCAAAAAUAAUGGUUUAGGUGAAUAAGAUUUGCCCAAUUUAGUUGUUGGAGCAUAAGAAUUUCAAAUGUUUAUUAUGGAUAACAGUUUGCAAUAGAAACGAAUCACUUGAUAAGA